AUGAGAUGUGUGACAUACAAAUGUAUAUUAAUAUUUAUAAUAAUAAAAUAUGUUGAAUCACAAGACAACAAUCCUGAUCAACCAGCUGAUGAAGAAGAUGAAGAUGAUAAUUUUGAAGUUUUAGAUCUAGAACAAAUCAUUCAGGAAAGAAUUAGUCGAUUUGAUGAUCCUCGAUAUCAACCACAAUAUCAACAAUUAGAAGAAUCUCAAUAUCCACCCCAACCACAAGCUCAACCCCAGUACUAUGAUCUUGAUCAAGGAGAAACACAAGGAUAUCAAACUCAACCCCAGUAUUAUGAUGUUUAUCAACCUCAACAAUAUGGACCGUACCAGACACCUCAAUUUCAGACUCAUCCCCUAGAACAACAACCAUAUGUACCCGUAACUCAUCCUCAAACAAUAACUCAAGAACAGGAACAAACUCAACAACAAGUAUCUCAAUAUUACUAUUAUGGAAGUGAAACCCAAGAUCCUUAUGGAUAUCAACAGCCAUAUGGAACACAGUCUCUUUAUGAUACUGGUCAACAACCAAUAACUGAUACUCAAACACAAGAACAAUAUUACGGACCACCACCUACUCAACCCAGUCAACCACAGUAUCAGCAUUAUGAACCUAGUCAUCCCACUCAACAACAAAGUUAUCAGUAUUACGGGCCUCCUACGCCUAUUCAGUCUCAACCUCAACAAGUACCACAACAGCAAUAUUAUCAGCAUUACGUACCUACACUUACUCAAACAUCCACUCAACCAAGUUAUCAGUAUUACGAUCCUUAUGAACCUCCUCAAACAUACCAACCACAAGAACAAUAUUACGGACCACCUCAACCUCAACCACAACCAAGUUAUCAGCAUUACGUACCUAGUCAACCUCAAGUAACCCAACAACCACAGACUCAGCCACAACCACAAACACCCAGUCAACCACCAAUAACUCAGCCCCCUCAACCACAACCUCAAACAAUAGAAGACGAUGACAAUUUUUAUGUCACAGAACAUGCAUAUGCACAACAACCACAACCACAAAAGAAACAAAGAAAAAGAAAGAAACCAACAAAAAGAAAACAAAUUCAACCUCCAAGUGGAGAUCAAUCGGAUGAGAUAAGUCUGUCAGAAGAUGAUGAACAAAGGCCUGUUAAGCGGAAAAAAUGUAAAAUAGUUAAGAAAACUAAACACAUAAAAUUUUAUAAAAUUGAUAUUCAAGGUAAUCCGUUAGAAAUGAAUGAGGGUGACUAUAAUGUUACAUUUAAUGAUAAAGAUAAAAAAAAAUAUUUAUUUAUUUCAAAUCUUGAACGGAUAGAAUGUGAUGGUGAGAUUAUUUUUGAACAUUCAAGUGGAAAUCCAUACAGUUCAUCAUUAACUCACAGUAAAAGAACAAACAUUAUUAUCAUUACCAUUAGUGAAGGAUUUAUAUUAAUUAAGAAAAGUAGUGGGGAAUGGGAAAGGACUGAUUAUAAAAUUCCAGAUUACGUAAAACUAUUCACACAAGAUGAUGGAGGCAAUGAUGUUUUAUUGACUAGUAAUGAUUAUGAUAUUGAUUUUACCUCAAAAGCAUCUUUUAGAUACGCAAUGAGACCAGGUGUAAAAUGUACUAAAAUAAUAGUUAAUGGUCUAGUGGCAUGGAAGAAAACUAAUAAAAAUGAUGAUGGUUCUCCUUUAGUGAUUUAUGUCACACCAAAAUUGCGUGUUAUAAUUGACUUUGAGGGAUAUUAUAAACUGUUGGAAAUUCGUGGUAAUAGAUAUAAACUGUCACACACUAAAAAAAUUUCAAAAGGAUCUAAACAUUCCUAA